UAAACAGAAACGUGUAAAACUUGCGAAAAGUCACGUAGUCCACGGCGCGUGUUUAUAUUUUGACCACAGUAAAAAAUAACCUGCUUUUAUUAUUCCUAUUAUAAGUGACUGCAAUGUUAUUUUCAUAGAUAUUUUAUUCGUGAGAUUAAAAAAUGGAAGAUUUUUUGAAUAAACCUGGUGUAGUCGUGAUACGUGCCAAACCUGAAGGACAGCGUAAAACUUUCAAACCAAAUAUUCGGGCAGUGACUAAGAUCCCUGAUGAGUUAUUAAAUAAUCCUUUAUUAAAUAGAGCGUGUGAAGCAUUACCUCAAAAUUAUAAUUUUGAAAUACACAAGACGAUAUGGAGAAUUCGGUCGCUGGAGGCAAAGAGAGUAGGAUUACAGAUGCCUGAAGGUUUGGCAAUGUUUGCCACAACACUAUGUGACAUAAUAGAGACCUUCACUAAUGCUGAUACUGUGAUAAUGGGAGAUGUGACAUAUGGAGCAUGUUGUAUUGAUGACUACACUGCUGUAGCACUUGGUGUCGACCUGCUAGUGCACUAUGGACAUUCAUGUUUAAUACCAAUUGACCAAACUAGCAGCAUUAAGGUAUUAUACAUAUUUGUUGAUAUCAAAAUUGAUCCUUCACACUUUCUAGAUACAAUCAAAUUGAACUUUGCCAAGAAGACAAACAUAGCGUUAGUUAGUACAAUACAAUUUGUGACUACUCUGCAUUCUGUGGCAAAAACUCUGCGCACUGAAGACUAUUUGGUGACAGUGCCUCAGUGUAAGCCUCUAUCUCCUGGGGAAAUCUUAGGAUGCACGGCACCCAAGGUGACAUCAGAUAUUAUUAUUUACCUUGGAGAUGGCAGAUUUCAUUUGGAAGCAAUAAUGAUUGCCAACCCUAACAUACCCGCAUAUAAAUAUGACCCAUAUGAAAAGAAAUUCACAUCAGAACAAUAUGAACACAAGCUCAUGAAGGUGAAUAGACACAAUCAAGUUAAAACAGCUGAAACAGCUUGUAGCUUUGGGCUCAUAUUAGGCACAUUAGGAAGACAAGGAAGUACAAAAGUUUUAGGCAAUUUAGAGAAACAAAUACGUAAUUCAGAUAAGAAAUUUGUAAAGAUACUCCUAUCAGAGAUAUUUCCUAGUAAAUUAGCAUUAUUUAAUUUGGAUGCAUUUGUCCAAAUUGCUUGUCCCAGACUCUCUAUUGAUUGGGGGACAGCUUUCCCUAAACCUUUACUUACACCUUAUGAAUUUUCUGUGGCACUUAGUAAUAGUAAAUGGUUAAAAGAAGAUGGAACAUAUCCUAUGGAUUUCUAUUCAAAUGACAGCCUUGGUCCUUGGACCCCAAAUUAUAAGCCCAUAUUUUGUUCAGGGACUGAUAAAAAAUGUGACAAUUGUUGUGAAGGGAAGGGAAAAUAGUUACUUACAGGAAUAGUUUUCGGGAUGACUGCUGCAGCUUCACGGGCCUGGGUGAAUACUUGAGAGUCCAAAAACUUUGCAGGGAAAAUUUCUGCAUAGUUCUGUACACGAACCUUACCCGUGUCACGUCUGACAAAGAAAAGGACCAUCAAAUAUACAUCAUUUUUUAAUAAACAGUUGAGUUAUUGCUUUGUGUGUGGCCUAAAAAUAUUAAUUAAUUUAUAGCAAUGAUAAAUCUGUUUUAUCAAUUAUUAAUAAAUAGAUAUAUCACAUAAAAUAAAAGUAAUAAAUGAAUGAUAUUUAAUGGAAAUAUUAUUGAUACUGAAGGAACUUGUAUCUGUACCUGUGCAUAAUGGCAACAGUGUAGCAGUAGUUGAACAGCUGCGGGUUGAGAUUGAUUCGGGCAUACACACAAGUAGACAGGAGUUCUUGUAGUUGGUUCUCAGUUACACCUAGAAAUGUAUAAUUAUAAUUAAUGGAAGUGGUGUUUAACUUAUAUAAUAAUAAAUAGGUUUUAUUUUU